UCCGUAUUGAAAAGAUGAAUGGAUCUGAGCCCAAGUCGUCCACCAUAUUUGACCGGCGAAGAGGGUUUUGUUCGAGAUCUCCUCCGUCUCCGCUAUCGCUCCGAUUGGAUCCUUCCGCUCGCUUCUUCCCUUUCAGAUGUUUUUCAAUGCCAGUGGAGACUGUAUAUGGAUAGUUGUUGCUAAGACUGGACUUUUCUGGUUUUAAAGAUGAUUGAAAUUUGAUAUGGUCUUCUGAAUUUGGGAAAGAUGGUGCUAGUCCUAGCGAUUGGUGAUCUCCACAUCCCUCACCGGGCGCCAGAUCUGCCAGCCAAAUUUAAGUCUAUGCUUGUGCCUGGGAAAAUUCAGCACAUCUUGUGUACUGGAAAUCUGUGUAUUAAGGAAGUUCAUGAUUACUUGAAAAGCCUUUGUCCUGACUUGCAUAUUACUCGAGGUGAAUAUGAUGAGGAUGCUCGUUAUCCAGAAAAUAAGACUCUCACGAUUGGUCAAUUUAAGCUUGGGCUUUGCCAUGGUCAUCAGAUCAUCCCAUGGGGUGACUUGGAUUCAUUGGCCAUGCUUCAGAGGCAAUUGGAUGUAGAUAUCCUUGUAACUGGACACACUCAUCAGUUCAAGGCCUACAAGCACGAGGCCGGUGUCGUCAUAAACCCUGGCUCUGCAACUGGUGCAUAUAGCAGCAUAACUUAUGAUGUCAACCCGAGUUUCGUGCUAAUGGACAUUGAUGGUCUUCGUGUCGUAGUUUAUGUUUAUGAGCUUAUUGAUGGAGAGGUAAAGGUUGACAAGAUCGACUUCAAAAAAACUGCCAAUACCCAGUCUGCUCACUAAUCUUCUGCAGAUUACAACCUUGGUAUUUCUGGUUUGGUUGUUUGAAUGUGCUGACAUCUAUCAUGCGGUUGAGAUGAACUAUUGGAUUGUGAACCUUGAUUUGCUUUUUAACAAUUGCAUUUCAAGUUCUUAACACAUUAUUGUAGCAAAGUUGGCAUGGUUGGGGUUC